GCCUGGGGGCCCGAUGCCUGUCGCCCCGCCUGGGGGCCCGAUGCCUGUCGCCCCUCCUGGGGGCCCGAUGCCUGUUCGCCCCGCCUGGGGGCCCGAUGCCUGUCGCCCCUCCUGGGGGCCCGAUGCCGCCCGCCCUCCCUGGGGGCCCGAUGCCUGUCGCCCCGCCUGGGGGCCCGGUGCCUGUCGCCCCGCCGGGGGGCCCGAUGCCUGUCGCCCCGCCUGGUGGCCCGCUGCCUGCUGCUCCGCCUGGUGGCCCAGUGCCUGCUGCUCCGCCUGGUGGCCCGGUGCCUGCUGCUCCGCCUGGGGGCCCGCUGCCUGCUGCUCGCCUGGGGGCCCGCCUGUGCCUCUGCCCGGAGUCCAGCCCGAUGUGCCUCUGCCCGGAGUCCAGCCCGAUGUGCCUCUGCCCGGAGUCCAGCCCGAUGUGCCUCUGCCCGGAGUC